AUCCUGUGUGGUGAGACUGACGCUUGCCUGUUGCCAUGGAGACCAGAGCCCUCUGGCUAAUGCUGCUGCUGGUCCUGGUUGCUGGGUCCUCUGGGGCAGCUGCGGACUACAUUGGCCUGUCUCCGAGCCAAUGUAUGGUCCCAGCAAAAGACAGGGUGGACUGUGGCUACCCCACUGUCACAGCAGAGCAAUGUAACAACCGUGGCUGCUGUUUUGACUCCAGCAUCCCAAAUGUGCCCUGGUGCUUCAAACCUCUGCAGGAGACAGAAUGUACAUUUUGAAGCUGUCCAGGCUCCAGCUCUGCACCCUGGACUCCUGCUAAUGGUGGUGGUAGCACCCAUCCCUGAUUUGCUCUCUGCUGCUGGCCAAUAAAGGAAUUGGAAGUCCUGAAGAAUAAAGACAGCACAGUCAGCACAAGGCUGCUCUGAUUGCUGAAA